AUGGAAGAAAGAGGUGUUGGGAUUAGUGUAGAAACAGUAAGGCGACGUCUUCGUAAGUCUGGAGGAAAGUUUAGUAAUGAAAUUUCUAAACUUUUGCUUAAAGAAUACCAUCGAAAGAAAAGGUUACAAUGGGCAAACAACAUAAGAAUUUUGAUUGUAAUCGAGUUGUUUUUACAGAUGAGAGAAUAUUUCAAUUAUUACAUCAAAAAAAAGGGAUGUUUUUCUGCUUCUGGAUUUGGUAAGCUAUUUUGCUUUCAGAGAAAUCUUAAUGCUGAAUUUAUGUGUACUAUUUAUGAGCAGAAUCUUCUGGCUUCCACCUCUAAACUUUUUGGUGAAGGUAACAUAGAUUGGAUCUUGCAAGAAGAUUAUGAUCUAAAGCAUCGAUCAAAAAUCGCGAAAAAAUGGAAGGAAGAAAAUGGCAUUAAGGUACUUUCUUGGCCAUCAAUGUCUCCAGACCAAAACCUUAUAGAAAACGUUUGGAGAAGGUUAAAGGGGGAACUUACAAAAGAAUGGAACCGAUUAUCACCUGUACUUGCCAUGAAUUUGGUAGCUAGCAUAAAAAGACGUACAGCUGCACUUAUAGAGUCAGAUAAUGACUACACAAU